GUCCUUCGUCUCGGUUUCUUUUUCUUUGCCUUUUUCCUUCUUGAUUUUGCUUAAUCACUGAGCUUUCUUAGCUCCGAUUAGCCCCUCCUAUACAUUCGCAUCUGCCUUGUCAGAUUGUUCAAUAUUUCCUGUGCUGGUGGAAGUCCGCACAAAAACCGGAAAUCUUGACAAGACAUAGUCCAGCCCUAUUCACACAUAUUAGACAUCAUGUUCGGCGGUGCUGAUCACGACCUCGAAAAGGCCCCUGAAGUGGGCAAAGUUCCCGUCGACGGGAACAGUGACGGAGCAGUGCCCGGAGAAAGCUUCGCAUACGGAAAUUCGUGGUAUGCAAAGAUACAGCGGUUGGCAGGGAAGCUCAACAUUGAGCAGCGUGGUAUUGAGCGAGUGCCGGAGAAUGAGCAAACGGAUACCUCGUACUUCAACAUUAGCAGCAUGUGGCUUGCGGCCAACAUGGUGGUUAGUUCGUUCGCUAUUGGUGUCCUCGGAAAGUCGCUAUAUGGACUUGGUUUCGUCGAUGCCCUCCUUGUCGAUCUUUUCUUCAAUCUUCUGGGUAUUAUGACCGUUUGUUGGUUUUCGUGCUUUGGACCCCCCUUUGGCUUGCGGCAGAUGGUGUUGUCGAGGUUCUGGUUUGGCUGGUAUGGAACAAAAUUCAUCGCUAUCCUCAACGUCCUCGCCUGCGUAGGCUGGUCUGCUGCCAACGCCAUCGUUGGUGCUCAGUUCAUUGUCGCAGUAAACUCCGACGUACCUGGUUUCGCCGGUAUCCUCAUCAUCGCCAUCUGCACCCUCUUCAUCACAUUCGCCGGAUACAAGGUCGUCCACGCAUACGAGUACUGGAGUUGGAUCCCAACCUUUAUUGUGUUUAUGAUCGUCUUUGGAAUGUUUGCGCAUUCGGGAGACUUCAAGAACCUCCCAAUGGGAAUUGGGAAAUCGGAGCUGGGUAGUUGUCUCUCCUUCGGCUCGACAGUAUAUGGUUUCGCAACCGGUUGGACCAGUUACGCCGCCGAUUACACAGUAUACCAGCCCAAGACCCGCAGCCGUCGCAAGGUAUUCUUCUCCGCUUGGCUGGGUCUCCUCCCUCCUCUCCUGUUCACCCAGAUGCUGGCGAUUGCGAUCAUGACGGCCACGGAGAUCAGCGGCGGAGACAACAAGUACCAGCUGGGAUAUGCGGCAUCAGGUAACGGAGGCUUGCUGGGCGCUGUACUCGCGCCGCUUGGCAGAUUCGGUGACUUCUGUCUGAUCAUUCUCGCCCUCUCGAUUAUCGCCAACAACUGCCCGAACAUUUAUUCCGUCUCUUUGACCCUUCAGGUUCUGAGUCGCUUCACUCAACGCGUGCCUCGAUUCAUAUGGGUAUUCCUAGGCUCCUGCGCUUCCAUCGCCAUUGGUAUCCCCGGAUACUCGCAUUUCGAAACUGUCCUGGAGAACUUCAUGAACUUCAUCGCGUACUGGCUCGCCAUAUACUCGGGUAUCGCUGUCAGUGAUCACUUCGUUUUCAAGCGUGGGUUUGGUGGGUAUCGUCCGGAGAUUUAUGAUGAUCGCCACAAGUUGCCCGUUGGUAUUGCUGCUGCUCUCGCUUUCGGGUUUGGAAUCGCUGGUAUGAUCACUGGUAUGAGUCAAUCGUGCCGUGCUGACUGGGCUGACGACGAGGAGUUCGACGACCCCUCGGCGCUCCCACCGCAGCAAGUGACAACGAACAAAGACGGCACAAAGACGGUGGUGUCGUACCGGUUCAACGAUGACAACAAGAAAGUGAAAGUGACGCGACGCAUCAAAACGACCGUUGUCCGCGAGCAAGUCAACCCUCAAGUCGCAGAGCGCCGAUCGUGGUCCAAGUUCGGUCUGGAAAAGGGCCACGCGACGGGACCCUCGUUUGAAACAACCUCCGUGGGCGAGAACAUUGUUUUCCGGCCGAGCGUGAACUGGAAGGUGCAGGCCGCGGAGGAGGAGAAGACCGGUGGCGAGAAGGGCAGCAUGAAGGACCAGCUCAAGGACAAGAAGGUCAAGUGUCGGAUUUGCAGCGGCGAGCAUUUUACGGCAAGAUGUCCGUUCAAGGAUACCAUGGCGCCUAUCGAAGAGCCCGGUGCUGGUGGAGAGGGCGGGGCCGAGGAGCCUGCGGCGGGUGGACUUGGUGCUACUGGGGGCAGCUAUGUGCCUCCUCAUCUGCGGAAGGGGGCUGCUGCUGGCGGCGAGAAGAUGGCUGGCAAGUACGAGAAGGACGAUUUGGCCACGCUGCGGGUUACAAACGUCAGCGAGUUGGCCGAAGAGCAGGAAUUGCGGGAUCUGUUCGAGCGUUUCGGUCGCGUGACGAGAGUAUUCCUGGCGCGGGACCGCGAGACACAGCGGGCCAAGGGCUUUGCUUUCAUCAGUUUCGCAGACCGGGACGAUGCGGCGCGUGCGUGCGAGAAGAUGGAUGGCUUCGGUUAUCGCCACUUGAUUCUCCGCGUGGAAUUCGCCAAGCGUACUUAGAGUCUUUUUUGUUUGGGUUGACGACGAUCGGGAGGAAAAAUGGACAGGG